AUGCAGGACUCGUUCAAGCCUCCCUGCAGCAACAUAGCGCUCGGUGAUGGCCGCAUCAAUCCCUUCACCACCAGCUACUCUACGGACUUUGGGGCGCCGUUCAGCGGCCAGGAGCGGCUGCGCAGCCCGAUGCGCAACACCGACCUGGCGGCCACGCAGACGUCCCUUAGGGAGCACUACGCCAGCAGCUACAACCGCGUCGGCGAAAAGCGCCUAGCCAAGAUGUUCAGCACCAUGCGGGAGCGCAUGAGCGCCAAGAUGGGCAACAGCAAUGAUAAUGCCUUCAAAAUGCGCAAGCUCUUCAAGAUGUACGACAAGGAGGACACCGGCAUGAUCCACUACGAGGACUUCCGGCAGUUUGGGGAGUCGUUUGGCAUGCAGCUGGACGACGACUCGCUGCUGGCCCUGUAUCACGUCCACGACCCCGAGGGCUCAGGCUACGUCGCGUAUGAGCCCAUUGUGCAGAAGAUCAUGGACCCAGACUACUUCUGCAUGUACUCACCAGCCGGCGUCGACAACACCCAGGCGCUGGUGGACGCGCAGGCGACCUCCAAGCUGGUCUCAAACCUGCGCAAGCGCAUCCACGGCAGCGUCGAUGAGAUGCGCGCGGUGUUCGAGUCGUUUGACCAGGGCAAGACGGGCGUGCUGGCGGAGCGCAAGUUUGAGGCCGGCUGCGCGGCGCUAGGCGUCGUGCUGUCCCCCAAGGAGCGGGAAUGGGUGGAGCGCGCCGCGACGGCGCGCGAUGGCGCUGGGGCCGUCGACUACCGGGUGUUUUGCAGCGCGUUUGCCGAGUGA